AUGGCGCAUCAUCGUGAUCCGAAUGUCCCUCUUCGCCUCGACGCCGCGACACUAUUCGAGUUCGAACACGACGAGGAAAUCGUCAGCCUAAACGCAAGGAUCGCCGACCUUUCACGAAGGAUUGCAGGUCAGCCCAGCAUUCAUAAAUCACUGGCGGAAGAGCGAUCGAGGCUGUACACGCAGAAGGCAAAAAAGCUUCGGGCAAAGCGAUCCGAUGGUGGAAUGAAUGCUAUGAAGAAUACAUCUCUGGGAAGGGAUUCACUGAACGUGUACCACGCUGAUGCUGCCGAAGGUAGUGGUAUUGCUCAGGGAGAUUUUAUCCGGGGCUUCCAGUUUCCCUAUUGGGUUCAGCUCGACAAUCUAGGGCCUACACACCAGACAACUGUCUGCCGGGUUAUCCAGACAGGCUCUUCUUAA